UUUCUUAUUUUUAUUAGUUUUAAUAUUUGUGCGGUGUGUGCUUCUAUGUCUCUCUGUGCCUGCCUGUUUCUAGUUACCAAUCAUCUUAAUAAUUUGUUACAAGAUUCUUGUGGUGAAACUUGGAUCAUGGAGCGGUAUGAAGUUCUUGAGCAGAUUGGGAAAGGCUCCUUUGGCUCUGCUCUUCUAGUCAGACACAAACAAGAACGAAAGAAAUACGUCUUGAAAAAGAUUCGUCUUGCUCGCCAGUCUGAUAGAGCUCGCCGAUCAGCUCAUCAGGAGAUGGAGCUAAUUUCUACUGUCCGGAAUCCAUUUGUUGUGGAGUACAAAGAUUCAUGGGUUGAAAAGGGUUGCUAUGUGUGCAUCGUUAUUGGAUACUGCGAAGGCGGAGACAUGACAGAAACCAUAAAAAGAGCUUGUGGUGUUCAUUUCCCUGAAGAGAAACUCUGCCAAUGGCUUGUUCAACUCCUAAUGGCACUCGAUUAUCUGCACUCCAACCAUAUUCUUCACCGUGAUGUCAAGUGUUCUAAUAUCUUCUUGACAAAAGAGCAAGACAUACGGCUUGGUGACUUUGGCCUCGCUAAGAUUCUCACUUCUGAUGACCUUGCUUCCUCUGUUGUUGGGACUCCAAGUUACAUGUGCCCUGAGCUUCUUGCUGACAUACCUUACGGAUCAAAGUCAGACAUUUGGUCUUUGGGAUGCUGCAUGUAUGAAAUGUCUGCUCAUAAGCCUCCUUUCAAAGCUACUGAUGUGCAGACAUUGAUCAGCAAAAUACACAAACUGAUAAUGGAUCCCAUCCCUGCCAUGUAUUCCGGCUCAUUCCGAGGCCUCAUCAAAAGUAUGAUGAGGAAAAAUCCUGAACUCAGGCCAAGCGCUAGUGAGCUGCUUAACCACCCUCAUCUUCAGCCUUACAUCAGCAUGGUUUAUAUGAAGCUAGAGAGUCCCAGACGGAGCACUUUCACACCCCAGUGGUCUGAGACGAAGGAAAGAAGGCGUUCGUUUAGUGGCAAUGACAGGAGAUUGAAUCCGAGUGUAUCUGAUACAGAAGCAGGCUCUGUGUUUUCUUCUUCAGGGAGAGCAUCCCAUUCACCAAUGUUCAGUGGAAGAAGAGUCUCAGAAGUAACUGUUGGAGUCGUCAGCGAAGAGAUUGUUCCACAAAGGCAGGAAGGAGUACUCAAGAAGCAAUCUGGUGGUGCAGCAGCUAGAACCCCAAGAGUGGCCGGGACCUCAGCAAAGAGGCUUGAAACGCCGUCAAGCACUCCCCGUACCGUUGAAAUGACGAAUCCUACGGAGAGGAGAAGGAGGGCAUCUCUUCCGUUGGUCGUGGAAAACCCUUACGCUUGCGAAUCGGACAUUUCUGUAAACGCUCCAAGGUUCGACAAGAUCGUUGAAUACCCCGAAGACCUCUUCCAGGACAGAGAGACAACCCCCUCAGGAGGAGGAGCCGGGCGAUCUUCUUUUUCUUUUUCUUCGAUGACGAAAGACAAGUGUACAACUACUGUGCAGACAAGGUCAGUGUCGGAGGCAAAACAGAGAAGGUUCGACACGUCGUCGUAUCAGCAGCGCGCGGAGGCUCUGGAGGGGCUGCUGGAGUUCAGCGCAAGGCUAUUGCAGCAGGAAAGGUACGACGAGCUUGGUGUUCUCCUUAAACCCUUUGGACCCGGGAGAGUGUCUCCGAGAGAGACGGCCAUCUGGUUGACCAAGAGCUUCAAAGAAGCUUCCGUGUAGUUGUAGAUGAUCAAACAAGGCUUUCUAUUUCUAUUUGCUUGUGUUUUGUAUAAUAAAUAAAGGUUGGGGUUUAUGGGCCUGGAUAAAAGUUGUGUUGGGCCACUUUUUAAUUGUGAAUGUUUUGGGAAAUAGUAGUAAAAUGUGUGGGGUCGUUUCGUAAAGAUUAAUAAA